UUUUAAUGAUUUAGCUUCUCGCUACAAUCCUAUAGUGUGGGGCAUCGUUGGAGAGGUCUUUUAAAACGAAUGUGGGUCUUCAACAACCAUUUUUAAUAAAGUAAACGUUUUAGUAACAAAAAAAAAACAUUGAAAAUUAGAAAAGGAAAAUCGUAAAAGUAGAGCUUUAUAAAGUUAUUGAUCAGGUUAGCCGUUUUAGAGUUAUCGCAAAAAAUCUCCCCUUCCUAGUAAAAAGCCGUACAAAGAGCACGAAGAUUCUUCCUUUUGCUUGUUAUAUGCAUGAUAGUUACUAAUAGCCCCCCGUUUAAGGCAGCAUAUUGUGACGGACGGAUAAAUACGGAACCCUUCACAAAGCAUGGCCCGACAUACUCUUGGGCGGUUUUUUGAAGGUAAUACAUUCAGAUAGGGAUAUUUCUAUUGUUUAAAUAUUAGAAAUCUACAUAGUUUUUACGUCUCGGAAAAUGCAAUAAGAUAAGUACAGUAUGAAUUGGAUUGUAUCGGAAUACUAUGCGUAUAUUGUCUAAGCAUUAUUAAUAUUCCUGUAUCAAGCAAUGAAACAAUAACAAAAUUAGAUACAAUUUAUCGUUCCGCACGACAUUUCCGAGAAACCGUUAACGAGGCCUGCGUCACAGCUGAGAAUAUUCGUCACUCUUCGGCAUCCACCGUGGAUCGUGGAAACAAUCGGAACGCGCCAUUUUCAUCUCUUUUCAGACGAGGUUGCGCGAGCAGGCAUGCGCAGAAACAACACCCCGUCAAACGCCGCCAGUGAAGCGGCGCGCCCUGCCGCACCGCGUAACCGCGCCCUUUCUACUCGAGCCGAAAAACGAUUUUCAUAAUUAGAAGCUCCUGUAAAACUCAAUAUCAGUUGAUAUUUUACAAGCCAAAAGGAACACCGUUUUUUUUAAGUAUUUAUUUUUCAAAGUUCUGCCAUUUUUACCUUGACGACGUAUACGACAUAACCGAAUUUCGUGCUAAGUGUGAGUUACUGUGAAUCUGUAUACUUUUAGUAAAUUAAUUGUGCGUGUGUGUAUUUAUGACUUUGAGAUUGCUACAUUGCUCGUUUAGUGAAAAUAUUGGUUCCGAUGUCUUUCAUCCGGCAGUGUUUUUUGGACAUUUACAACAACACAACGCACCUAAGCAUGGUGAUCAGACUAUGAAGUUUUUUGGAAAUAUUUAUAUAAACCUUUCGAUUUGAGCAUGCUGAUUAAAAGAAAAAUUACUCUGUGGACUAAACUAAAAUCCAAGCUUGUUAAUGAGAAGCAAGGUCAUCUCGCCCAGACAGAAUUACAAAAUAUAUGAUAUUGCAGCGAUAUUGACAUGAAGGUAUAUGCCACCAGAAAUGAAGAUAAUCCAGCGCUAGUGCGAACAUCCUCGACCGAAACACUAAAAUGGUCGACUCAUAGCAUUGGUUUUUCACGUUUGCGUCUAGUAUCCAAAAAGGUGGCUUUAGGCGCAGAAAAAUGUUAAUGUUGAUAAUAUUGUAUUUCAUUUCGUUUCCCGUUCUGACUACCAGAUCGGUCAAAGGUGAAACAACCAUGGAUUCUAAGUCACCACAACCUAUUAUAAGCUCCAGAGUUGUACGCACCAAGUAUGGUGACAUCAGGGGGUUUAUAGUUUCACCUGAGUCCAGGUUUUUAGAACCAGUAGAAGUAUUUAGGGGAAUUCCAUACGCAUCUCCACCCGUAGGGUCCUUAAGGUUUAUGCCACCUGUGUCAGGAGCUCAAUGGUCGGGAGUUAAAAUUGCAGAAGAAUUCAGCCCGGUUUGUCCUCAAGUUCUUCCUGACAUAAGAAACGAGACAGCGGUAUUGAAGAGAAUAUCAAAAGGAAGAUUGGAAUACUUGAAAAGGAUACUUCCCUUUUUAACAAAUCAGGCUGAGGAUUGUUUAUACUUGAAUAUCUACGCGCCAGCACAAGCCGGCGUACGAGAUGCUGUAGCCAGAUAUCCGGUGCUGGUAUUCGUGCAUGGUGAGAGCUACGAAUGGAGUUCGGGUAACGCCUACGACGGCUCUGUGCUGGCGUCGCACGCCGGUCUCGUCGUUGUCACCAUCAACUACCGCCUAGGAAUUCUAGGAUUCCUCAACCCACGUUCAGAUGAGUACCCACGCUCGCCAGCAAAUUACGGAUUAAUGGACCAAAUCGCAGCUUUGCACUGGAUCAAAGAGAACGUAGCAGUGUUCGGCGGUGAUCCCACUAACGUCACGCUCAUGGGGCACGGCACGGGGGCAGCCUGCGUGCAUUUUCUACUAACCUCAUUGGCUGUUCCUGAGGGUCUACUCUUUCACCGAGCCGUACUUAUGUCAGGGUCUGGCCUUAGUCCAUGGUCGCUUGUGGCUGACCCGAACAAAUACGCCGCCAUGGUAGCGACUCAUGCAAACUGUUCGCCAGAACUUACUCCUCCGGCACUUCUAAGAUGUUUACGGGAGCGUCCGCUCGAGUCACUUAUGUCAGCACCAGCGCAAGCACCGGACUUUUCUUAUGCAUUUGGGCCGAGUGUUGAUGGGGUCGUUAUUGAUACAGGCGAUCUUCUUAUUAACCCAGAAAAUGGGUAUGACUGGGGAGGACAACCUAGACAACCAGUGGGCAAGCAAACGCAGAACGCGAUCAACAUCAUCAACGCCGUCUUGAUGCGCAAGAGUGCUAUUGCUCAAUUGACCAAGUACGACCUAAUGCUGGGGGUCACAAAGGCCGAGGCCUACUUCGCAUUCAGCGGCGACGACGUCCAAUACGGUAUAGAGGCUGACAGGAGAUCCAAAAUAUUGAGGUCUUUUGUUAGAAAUACCUACAGCUACCACUUAUCGGAAAUUCUGGCUACAAUUAUUAAUGAAUACACGGAUUGGGAGCGUCCGGUGCAACAUCCUAUCAAUAUAAGGGAUGAAACGUUAGAGGCGCUGAGCGAUGCCCAAGUAGUGGCUCCGAUAGUUUUGACUGCGGACACACAUUCUGCAUUGAGACGUAAUUCAUAUUUGUAUGUUUUUGACUAUCAAACGAAAUACGGAGACUACCCACAGCGACAAGGCUGCAUCCAUGGCGAAGAGCUGCCCUACAUUUUCGGCGCUCCGCUUGUGGGCGGGCUGGCUCACUUCCCCCGGAAUUACACUAAAACUGAAGUCGCAUUAUCUGAAUCGGUCAUGCUAUAUUGGGGAAACUUCGCCAAGACUGGAAAUCCAAAUGAAGCCCAAGAAAGUGAUCCCAUACGCGCAGGAAGGCAGGAACGGGCAAGGAUGAAGAACAUUGAAUGGACGGCGUAUGAGGCUGUACACAAGAAGUAUAUUAGCAUCGAUACAAAGUCCAAAUUGAAAAAUCACUACCGGGCACAUAGGCUUUCAUUCUGGUUAAAUCUAGUACCAGACCUUCACCGGCCGGGGGGAGAAGAUGUUCCGUCGUCUCAUCACCAGCUUGAUAAUGACGAUCCGUCUCUACAAGCGACUAUAAAAACAUAUAGUCCGCCGCUUAAGAAAACGACAGAUUUAAUCCUAAUAGAUACAGGAGUUCCGACUAAGUUACCUAUACUAAACCUAAAUAAUAUAACUUCACCAUUAAACUUUAAUAAUAUAAUUGGAGUUAAUGCUCCAACCCUAAGUACUGUAGGAGGUAUAGAUGUUCAUAAAUCGGAAUCACCUACUAACUCCCCGCCAGAAGAUGGAUUUGCAGCAUAUUCAACUGCAUUAAGCGUGACUAUAGCUAUAGGAUGCUCGUUAUUAAUUCUUAAUGUUCUCAUAUUUGCGGGCGUAUACUAUCAAAGGGAUAAAACGAGAAUGAACGGUCAAGAUGCUCACUCGAAUGGCUCACAUUUAAAGAAACGGGUUGAAAAUGGUCAAAUGCCUAAUAAUAUAUGCGGAGAUCUUGAAGGAGCUCUUACUUAUCAAACGAGCCUCAAAAAUGACCCCGCAACAAUACUCAGUCACCAUCAUACACAUUCUCAUCACCAAUUGCCUCCGCCCGAGUUUGCAGAUUUGCCGAGUAAUAAUGUUACAAGUAUGGCUACAUUGCCCCGCGCACCACCUCCACCUAAAUUGGGAAAAAGUAAUAUAAAUACAUUAGCCAGUGGCCAGUUGCCUGAGAAUCAGCCUUUGCUCUCUGCACAUCAAAUGCAAAUGAUUAACACCAGUACUUUGACUAAAAAGAACACACAGUUGAACUCCAAGUCAAACGUGACGAUGGAAGAGCUGCGUGUGUGACGCCAGCGCGCCUGACUGCAACGGGCUGGGAGUUGCAGCGAUGUGGUUCACCAUGAUGAGAUUGUGUGACUUGAGCCGGACCUUCUCAAGUGUCUUACAGAUUACAUAUAGUCUGACGAGGUUAUCUCGGUGCCACUUUGAAGGUGUAUUGCUUAACUUGACUGACUGUAAAUUGAUGGUGACAUAGAUUUUUCUGUAAAAAACAUAAGACGUAGUAAAACUACAGUGAAAUAAAAGUGCUAAGGCACUAGUGUAGUUAAGUUAAAAUUAAUACAAUAAUGUUUGUAAAUAUAUGUAAAUACGAAGCCCUAUUGGUGUGUAAAUAUUUAUGUAGUAGACAGUUCAGUGGCAUAUCCAUCCUUAUAACAACUAUUUUAAUUAUAAUAGGGUGAGUUAGUACUAAUGAUUGUAUGGCGUGUGUAAUAGUGUUAAUUUCAGUCUUUUAUUAAAAUAAUUUCUAUAAUUUCGUUUUAAGUAACGAAUUUUACAUAUUAAGGCAAACAUUUAAUAGUAGACUGAAAUAACGACACAGUGAAUUUAAUAACAUAGUUUUAAUAGAGUCGAUCAUAAAUAUUUAAACGUUACAGAACACCAACUUAUUGCUGCUAUAAACUAAUUACCUAGUAGAAGCUGUAAUCGAUUUGUCACUACUAAGUUAAUGUAAUAGUUGUGUAAUCGUUAUCAUAUAUGAGCUGAAUUAGAUAUUAACUGUAGAAACAACAUUUCCAGUUAGUUACUUUUAAAUUGUACGUAUCGACUUCAUUGUUUAUUUCUUUGGACGAAUUUAUAGUAAUGACAAGAAUUAACUGUUUAUAAAUAAUAAAUAUUAAUAACCUUUGAUAUUGCAUAAAUUUUGCCUAACUUUUGAAUAUUUUUUAGACUUGUUGCUUUAAUACCUCCUGAAGGUUUGUUUACUUAUUAUUAUUACAAUUCCAGAAAAGUGAAUAUUAUGCAAAUGAUUUCCUUAGCCAGCGUAGAAGUCUAGAGGCUGACUUGUUACUGAUAUUUCAGUUAUAUCUGUGUGUCUCGCUAGUUAAGUUUGUACUUAUAUUGAUGCGAAAGAAAAACAUAUGUAUCAAUAACAUAUUAAGAUAGGCAUUAGUGGCCUAUAAAGUACGAGGUCUCUUAAUUGUGUCGUAACCCGGACACAUAAUCUAAGAGAAUUUAUGUCAAAUUGCGCAACGUAGUAAUGAUAAUAAUGUCGUAUUAUACUGAGUGCAAACCCCACAAACAGGAUAUCUCAGGGGCGCAGUCGGAGCCGCUCGUUGGCGUUUCUAGUGAGAAUGUGUGUAAACACAUGUAGCUACCGUUUACUACUCCCAACAGCUUGUGACUCGCAAAUACUUAACUGCAAGGGUCUGCCAUCUGGUGUAACGUUGAAACUGACUUACCAUGAACGUAUCAUGCGAAAUAGUUAUUUACGAUACAAGUGCGGAAAGUAGGAAAUUCGCAACGAGUGGUGAUAAAUUAAAACACGACCGAAGGGACCGUUCGUCCGCCCUUACGAAAUAUCUUCAUUAGUGACGUACAAUCAGCAAAUAUGUUCCCGUGCAUUCAAUUGUCCUUGGAUGACUGUACCGUAGUGAACUGAGUCGAAGGAACACGAUCAGACAGUAUUUUCACCAAAACUUCCAUAUUUUGUUUCUACGGUUAAUAACUAAUUUGUUUUGUUUCUGACAUAGACGGACCAAUAGCUGUAAAUAUGUAAAUAAUUUAAGAUAAUCUUGUAUAAGGCAGUAGAGUUCCCGUUUUAUUUACAUUCGAGUCCCUAAAUUGUGACUGAACUGAAGUAUCUAUUCGUAGUAAUAUAACAAUUUAAAGACAGAGUUUAAAAUAAAUGCACUAUUGUUAUUUUAUCCUUAGUAGGUAAAACAUGGCAGAAAAUCUAUGUUAGGUUUAUUGCAUUACUGCCUUGCUAACCGAGUACAAGGAAAUAUAACAUUUUCGAGCAUCUGUUCCGAACACGCAAAUUCAUCAUUUUUUGUAUGCGAUUAUAAUGCUAAAUUUAUCUGAUAUAUUUUUUUAAGGAAAAAGACCACGGUUAAUUUUUCGUCGUACCGGGUGUUGCCAAAGAUAUUACGGGUACAUAUUAAAGCACCGUGCGUGUCUAAUCGCAAUUUUACUAAAACAUUUUUUCCAAAGAAUACCUAUUUCAAAAAGGAUUAAAUAAUAUGCAAGUGCGAUAGACGGAUGAGUAUGAGGGAGAUAGCGAAAUUUAGAUUUUUUUAGCUAUAGGUGCAAAUCACUUCAGUUUUUCAUUCGUCUUUUUACCUCUCUAUCAUAGCGUCUCCUCGCUUACGAUAUUUUAGAAGAUAAUAAAAUUACAAGCUUUCUUCAUCAAUAAAGUAGUAGGUAUCAACAUCAAGUGCAAUAUUGCCAACAGGGAACUGUUGCAAUAAGGAAUUAUACAACCACAUUUUAAGAGUUCUUUUUAUCGAAAUCUUAUAUCUCAUUAUAGCUUUUCUAGUCAGACUCACGAGGACCUGAUUGGCCUUCUUGGGUAAUAUAUAUGUGAUCUCAAUUAAAUGAGAAAUUGAACAAACCUAAACGUCAUAAUAUUUACACAUUUAUUAAAACGCGCUUAGCCAGUUUCCUUAAGAUUUAAAUGGGACUAACUGCCACGCAUUCUUUUAAUUUUGAAGGCUGUAAAAAAAAAGAUAACAUCUUUCUUUAUUAUCUUCAUUAUCAAUAAUAAGCUCUUUAUUAUCAAUAAUAAGCUGUUAACUCGUAUACACCUUCAUAACGCUGUUCUUAAGGUUCUCUUAAACCCGUCGCAUAGAUCGUGUGCACUUCAAGGGAGUAGGUACCUGCACAGAGCUUUGUACGACUUUUUACUAUGACGAUUUGCGAUAACUCGAAAAUGGUUUGACUGAUCAGGUUCGUUACAGUUUAAAUUUUUAGGGUUCCGUACCCAAAGGGUAAAACGGGACCCUAUCACUAAGACCGUUGACCGCUGUCCGUCUGUUCGUCCAUCCGUCCGUCUGUCACCAGGCUGUAUCUCAUGAACCGUGAUAGUUAGACAGUUGAAAUUUUCACACAUGAUAUAUUCUGUUGCGGCAAUAACAACAAAUACUAAAAAACAGAAUAAAAUAAAUAUUUAUGCCGGCUAUUUUUGCCAUUUUUUGCGUAAUGGUACGGACCCUACGUGCGCGAGUCCGAAUCGCACUUAGCCGGUUUUUUAAUUGAUUGUUUUUUUCUUAUUUCUUAGACCCAUGGUUCAAAAGUUAGCCCCACCCAUUAUUUUUUCGUUCAGAGCGAUUAUUUCGGAAAAUAUUCACCUAAUCAGAAAAUGUUUGUUGAAGACCCCUAUUCGUUUUGAAAGACCUAUUCAAAGACCCCCAACUAGAGUUGUUAAAAGACUAGUCUUGAAGACUUUGAAACCUUAAAAACCUUGAAGGUUCAGCUUCGAAGACUUGAGCGUUGCAAGUUUGAGCUCAAAAAAGGUUCAGAACCUCAACGACUCAAGCUUUUUACGAGCUCUUAAGAGUAAGUUUUUAAGACUCAGGCCUCAUAGAGAGCUCAAGCUUUAAAAACUCGGGCCUAUUGAAAGCUCAAUCCCCGAACCUCGAAGGCCUGAGUCGAGCGUUAAGAGCUCAAACAAUGAGCGUUCUAGGCAGAAAGUAUUUUUAUGUUUUUUUUUAAAGAAUAUUAUGAACCUAACUACGUUGCCACUUUGUAGUCAUGUCUGGGUGUAGUGAUUAACAGAUCGCAAAAAGACUGAUGACACUCAUAAAAUUGAUCUGCAGUCGAAAUAAAUCUUUAACUUUACGUUUAGAGGUAUUGUUUAUUCACUCUAAUUGGUAUUUUACAAACAAAAAUGCGAGAAAUUCCAAAUAUAUGUUUUUCUUUUUCCCCGUUUUCACAAAAAUUAUUGUAAUAUUUUUUAAUUCUAAUGACCUCAGAAUUACGCUGUUAAAAUCGCUCGGGUUCCUCACGGGCACCCAGUAUAACUAUCAAAUAUGGCAUAGAUUGAUCUUAUUUGUUAGAAGCUUUUAAGACUUAAAUGCUCCAAACCCUAUAGACUUAAACUUUCAGAGCUUAGGGGGCUUUAAAGCUUGAUGCCUAAAAACUCGAGGUUUCUCUGAACGUAAGUAGCAACGCAAACUUAUUAAUUUGAGGCUUAUACGGUCGAGGCUUGUGACUUCGAAAAGGCCUUCGACACUGUGAAAUGGAGCGCGUUGUGGUCUAGCUUAAGCAGGAGGGGUGUCCCUACCUGUAUCGUCCGCAUAAUACGCUCUUUAUACGAAGGUAGCACAUGCAGGAUGGUCCAUGAGAAAGAGCUUGGAGCGCCGAUACAGAUAUCAGCCGGAGUAAGGCAAGUGUGCCUUCUAUCACCGCUUUUAUUUGUGAUUUGUCCCAUUUUUCCGGUUUUCACUUAUAUCAUCGAAACUUUGCGUCUUCGGGACAUUACUUACAUAAAACGAAAGCUGAUUAAAAUUGCUACAAGUUUAAUUCUGUUAAAUAUUUUCGAUAUCUUGAAAGUUAUCGAGAUAUUCUCUCUUGAAAGUUUAUUUUAGGGCUCUCUUUUUAUGUUAUGUACACUAGUGAAGCUAUUAGGCCAAUAUAGCUAUUAGGUUUGGUAUCGUUUUCGUGUACGUAAAUCGGGAGUGCCAAAUUCAUUUAUGGUAUCGUAUUGACACCUUUCCGAAAUAAAAGUAUUUAUAUAAACUUUAAACAAAUACCGUUUUUUACCUCCUUUUCCCUCUUAAACCUCUGAACUGAUGUAGUUGAAAUUUGGUAUAGAGAGAUUUUGGUUCCCGAGACAGGACAUAUAGAUUUUGUCUCAAAAAUUAUCCGUUAAAAGUGUGAAAUGGGCUGUGGGGGCAAUUCAGCUUUUUCACCAAACUGGAAUUCCUGAGAUUAAUACUGAUAAAGUUUAGGUUUAAAUUCAUGCUUGAAAUCUUUUUCAACUAAAGCCAGUACCGAAAAAAAAAACUGUAAAUUUCAAACCCCUUUUAAUUUUUUUUCCAAGUAAGAUGAUUACGAC